AUGGGUCGAAACCUCCAAAAUAUUAAUGGAGGUAACACUGAGUUAAUUCGUUACAUCGUUUUGCUUCCCGUUGGUUUUCGUUACAUCUUUACAGUUAAUCACUUUGCGUUUCAAAUAUGGCGUUAUUGGUUACAUGAUGCAUGUAAUACUGACGAUGUUUAUUACACAUAUAAUGGGCGCAUAGUAAAUGAUGUGGAAGAAAUUCCUGAAUGUGCUUUGUUGAACGUGCACUAUCGUUUGCGCGGUGGUAAAGGGGGUUUUGGAUCUAUGCUACGGGCUAUUGGGAGUCAAAUCGAGAAGACAACCAAUCAUGAAAUGUGCAGAGACUUAUCAGAAUGGUAUGCUACGGCUGACGAACGGGAACGUAAAAAAGCAGAGGAAUAUAUUGAAAGACGACGAAAACGUCAAGAGCUAUUAAAACAGGGUCUUUUACCUGAACAUAGUUUUUCAGAUCGUGAAUAUGAACGACAAAAACGUAAAAUUGCUUACGAACUACGGGGAGCCUUAGAUAUAGCCAUAGAAAAUGUUAAAAAGGAAAAGAAACAAACGGAAAUCCAAUCUGUAAUUUCCUCUGAAAAGCAGCUGAAUGCAAAGCGUACUCGAUUAUGGAUUGAAGAAAUGGACAAAGAGCUGCCUUCGGGUUCUAGCGAUGAAGAAUUUUCGGCUAGCUCGUCAUUUGACAUUUCCUCUAGUCUUGCAAAACAAGAUGAUAAUUUGCCCGUAAAAGACGAUACCGAAGCCAAAACGGAUUCUACAGAGAUCCUUAACAGUAUUAAAUCAGAUGUAAUCGUCGAAGAUAAAAAAGAAUCGCAAAGUGCUUGUAGAAAUACCUCAAAAGAAACCGCACAACCUUUGAAUGACCAACAGUUGCGUGAAGUAGAUACUGCUGAAAACCUCGAAGUGUUCGGCUUAGAUGUUCUUAAAGCAACCUUAAUGGCUCGGGGUUUAAAGUGCGGAGGGACGUUGAAAGAACGAGCUAGCCGUUUGUUUUCAAUCAAAGACUUGAGUUCCGAGCAAUAUCCUGCAAAGUUACUAAUGAAGAACAGAUAA